AUGACUACUUCAGAUCAUAGACAGCAGAGGCAAGAAGAGGGUUACCCCGAGAAAAUGCAGAGCAAGAAAUGCUACCGUUGUGAAAGAUUUGGGCAUACGGCUCGAGAGUCCCCGGAAAAAGCGGUGAAAGUGAACCAAACAUUCCAAAAGAAGUCCCCUAGUGAAGAUACACAAACAAACAUUAUCGCGUUGAAAGUUCUAGCGAAAGCACAAGAUCGGGGAUGGGAUGUUGACUCGUUGAAGGUGGUGCCAAAUUCAAGGCUCAAGCCAGUGUUUGAUGCUUCCAACAACAGAAUGGACUUCGUUGGCGCAGUUCAUAUAGAAGUUGAAAUGGAUAGUGAGAAAUCCGAGGUGAUUGCAUUCCAUAUUAGUGCGGACAAGGAAGCAGAUGCUAUUAUUGGAACGGAUGCGUUGGAGAAGGUGGGGAUUGACGUAGGUACUGUAAAUAAACUAAUAGACGACGAAGGAGACCCACGUAUCUACUGGAGAAAAUAA